AUGUUCGAUCCGUCCAAAUGGUUCGGACGAGCACCUUACCAACAAGUUGGUGGCGAUACCGACGACACAAUUGAGGUUGAUCAAAUCUCAUUUACAAGUUCCUGUUCUUCAGGAGAGCAUGAAGGUCAUAUAACAGCAAAAGAUACAACAACCAACAGGGAGAUAGGCCGAUUGAAUAUGUCAUCGAAUGAUUUGAUUACAUUUGAUGAUGAUUUGAAUAUGCCUGGAACAUCUGAAGACCAUUCAAUUCUUUCCUCUAAUAGCCCUGCUGCUUCUUCUCAAAUAUCAAACUUCCCUUGUCCCUAUGAGCCAUCCUGUUUGAAAGAGAGCACUGUCGUUCGAAACUCAAUAUUUUGGUUCACAGAAACAGAAGUGGAUGCUUCAAAACUUGUUCUUCCAAUAUCCAAUCGAGGAAGAGUUUGUCGAUUCAAUCAUGAUGUCGAUGAUAAUCAAUUAGAAACUAUGUGUAGGACACUUCAAAUAUCAAUGGGAUUGUGUGAAAGAGCGCGAUGGCUGAAUCAUCUAGCAACAGAUCCGGUGAUGUCUAAAUUAGUUCGAGAGCUAGAUGAAGAGUUCCCAACUCCAUCGACUUCCUAUGAUGAUUCAGAAAAAUUCGAGGAAGAUCUCGAACCUGCGAACCUUGAAAAUGAUUCAGGUUUUCAAAGACCUCCAGCGUCUUCAUUCUCUUCCUCGACUUGCGCCGGAUCAUUUCAAACUAUCGUAUGUCCUUCAGGAACUCUCGCUGAAACAUCCGAGAUUAUCGAUGAUACAAUUCCGGAUUCAACAAUAAAUACGUUUUAUUCCGGAAUGACACGAACAGUAGUCCCUGCUCGACGAGGAAUUCAAGCUAUUGAAAUACGACGGAGAAUUAAUGAAACUUCAUCAGCUGUUUGUUCUGCUAUCAUUCGACAGUCAGUUGAUAAAGACCCACCCGUCGAUAAACGAAUGAUAGAAUGGAUGAGAGGGUUUGCAGAAGUUGAUACAUGGAUUCAAGAGGUUGCUCCUGCCUCUCGUAAACAUGACAAGUAUUCUUUCGAAGUUCCUCCAUUGAAAGAACAUUGGGAUCUCUCAGUUCAUAAACAACCUGCUAUUCGUCAAGGACUUGAAUCGCAACAAUGGAAAUGUGCGUCUUGCCGACAAUCGCUUCAUAAUCAUAAUAUCAGCGAUCGGGAUACUUGUCCUCGUUUCUGUGAUUAUUACGGCCUCUUCUUCUGCUGUCUUUGCCACGGUGGUGAAAAAUCAAUCAUCCCUUCUCGAGCAAUCACACAAUGGAACUUCACCGAGCAUCCAGUAUCUGAUAGAGCCAUGCGGUUUUUGCGUGCUGUCAGAGAGACGCCAGUAUUCAGAAUACGCGAUUUGCCUGGUGACAUGCUGAAAAAGAACAAAGCGUUACGAGCAGUCGUCGAGUUGAGACAGAAACUGAAGCAUAUGGAGGGUUUCAUAAAAAUAUGUGUCGAUGCUGCUACUCAAGUAUUUGAAUUUGGCAAUUUAAGUACUAUGUUUGCUAGUCUUGAUCGAUAUCUACUUGAGCAUGACGAUCUGUUCUCCUUGAAUGAUUUACAAAGAGUAUAUAACAAGGAUCUGCUUUCUCUACUAGAGCCCCUAGCUAAAAGAGGUCGUGAACACAUUCUUCAUUGCAAACGCUGUCGUUUGCAAGCCCCCGUGUGUGUUCGUUGUAAUGAUAUGACUGAUCGUUUGUUUCUUUUCGAAGAGCGAGCAAUUUCUCGAUGCGAUGGUUGUGGUCAACCUUCCCAUUCUCCAAAAUGUCCAAGAAGAGAUGUACCUCGUGAUACACACUGUCCAAAGUGCGCCAGACUUAAAACGAGAUCUGCCAAUGGAAGGUCUUCAAGAAUUAUUGGAGAUGUGGUGUAG